AUGUCCAGCUCCUCGCGUCCAGCUUCCCACCUCGACGGCCAAUUUGAAUCAUCCCAAACGCUCGACGCCGUUUCUUCCAGCGCCGGCGAAUCGCAGCCAAUGUCGACGCCGCCAUGGCCGUGCUGCGCGUCGGACCAUCUCAUCCAAAUCGCCGCCAACUCGCCGUUGAAGAAAACCCUGGGGUUGACAUCUGAGCCCGAUGUCGCCUCGCCGCUCCCGCCGCUUCCUCCGGCAACAGUAGCGUCGCCUCUGCAGGAGCUUGUUUCAAAUGCCGACGCGGCUUGUUCAUGUAACUCUUCAUUGCAUGGCGCUUCGGGCUUGACCGCAGCGGAAGAGCCGCGCAAUCAACCGCGGACUCACGACGCACAGCAGCUUUCCGCGGCUGGCGGAGGCGCAAAAGGACCAGCGCAACAGACUUCCGCGCAGGCGGAGGCGCAAGCGGAUUUCCGCGUGUUUCUCCGCCCUUUCGCCUCUCCGCCACCCGUGCGCCUGGACGUGGAUGGCGAGGGCGGGUUUGCGCAACUUCUCGCUUCCGCGGAGUCCGCCGUUUCUUCCGCCAUUCCCCCUGCGUUCGCGCUGGACUCGCAGUCCGCGGAAGGGGAACGGGGAGCUGAGCUUGGCGCUCUUCCGUCGCGCACUUCCCCUCUCGGGGGGUCGCCGCUGCUUGAGCUCGCAUGCUCUUGUCCGCAUCCCGCCACGCAUGCGUCAGCAGAGGCGCUGCAACCGCCCGUUGCAGCAGAGGAGGCUGUAGCGGGGCAGUUUGUAGCGAGACAGGCUGUAGCAGGGCAGGCUGCAGCGGGACAGCUUGUAACGGGGCAGCUAAUAGUGGGGGAGAGAGAGGCCCUGGCGACCAGCGUAGUUGGCGGGGGGGCAACGGGAAGCGCGGAGGGCACGUGGGGGAGGGCGGUGGGCGCUGGGGGAAAUGCGCACUGCGUAGGGGCGAAUGGGGGGGGCGCGCGGGGGAGUGACGAGGGCGCGCGGUUCUGGGAGAGCUAUGUGGCGGAAAGGGCAGUGGCAGCGGGGGAGAUGGCGCAGCGGAAUUGGGGGGAGGAGGGGAGGGGUUGGUGGGGGUGCAUGUGGGGGUUCUUGAAUGAGGCUAGUGGUGAUGGUGGAGCGAUACAAGGUCUCAGUCGACUGCUCCUCACUCAGUCAGCCCCGCUCGUGGUGAUGGUGGAGAGAUACAAGCUCUCAGUCGACUGCUUGUUUGCAGUUCAGCUCGUGGUGAUGGUGGAGAGAUACAAGGUCUCAGUCGACUGCUUCUUUGCAGUCUGGUUUGUGCUCGGCAAUAUCUGGGUCUUUGGCGCCAACUCUGCCGCCCAGGCCGCCCCAUUACUGUACAAUCUGAGCGUGGUGUUUUUAACAUUGAGCUGUGUGAGCUACGCCAUGCCCUUCCUCCUCUGCGCCACCAUCUGCUGCUGCCUGCCCUGCAUCAUCACGCUCAUGGGCUUCGAUAACGAUAUCGCCUCCAUUUCCCCGGCCUCCAAGGGUGCUGCUCCCGAUGAGAUCGCCUCGCUGCCGUGCUUUAAGUAUAAGGAGCUGAAGCGGAGGAGGAAGGGGGGGAGUGGUGGGGUUGGGAAGGGAAGCAGCAAGGGGAGUGGUGAGGUUGGGCUGCUGUGGGCGGGUAUGGACAAGGAGCGGGUAGUGCAAGGGGAGGAUGCGGUGUGCUGCAUCUGCUUGGGGCACUACAAGGAUGGGGCGGAGCUGAGGCAGCUUCCCUGCAACCACCACUUUCACCAAUCCUGUGUCGACACGUGGCUGCGGAUCAACGCCAGCUGUCCGCUCUGCAAGGUGGACAUCAGCGGGCGGCCCAAGGAGGCUGUGGAUCCUGAGCAAUUGCAACCGCAGCACGAGCAGCAGCAGCAGCAUUCGCAGCAGCAGCAGCAGCAGCAGCAGCAGCAGCAGCAGCAGCAGCAGCAGCAGCAGCAGCAGCAGCAGCAGCAGCAGCAGCAGCAGCAGCAGCAGCAGCAGCAGCAGCAGCAGCAGCAGCAGCAAGAGCAGCAAGAACAGCAGCAGCAGCAGGAAAGGGUACAGGCGUCCGAGCAUGAGGCUAUGGAGCAGGCGGUGGAGGUGAUGGGCAUGGAGGUUGUCUUUGAGGCGCCUCAAGAACGGUUCCAGGGUGUUCCUGGGGGAGAGCAGGGGGGCAGUGAACAGACUGUGGGGGUGAUGGGCGUGGGUUUCUUGGAUUACAGUGACGAAGAGGAGGGCGAGCAGGAAGCUGCGUGGGUGCUUCUUGACGUCCAUGCAGAGCACGAGGAGGACACGGUGGUGUUUCGGUUUGUUCCAGUGAUGCAGUCAGAAUUGGAAGGGCUGCAAUCCGCAGCGCAAGAGCAGGGAGCGGCUGAGCAAGCAAUGCAAGAGCAAGGAGCACAGGAGGAGUACGCAGCACGGGGGUUUUAUUCCGAGCCGAGAGCAGCAGAGCAGGCGCUAGCACAGGAAGGGGGCGCAGUUUCAGGAGAGGAGGCGGCAGGAACAACUGGUCUCCAUGAGGAGGAAAGCAGGAGCCUGGCCAUCCAGCCCUCUGAGCGCAAGGAGGAUGUGGUGCUGCAUCAGCUGCAGCUCAAGGUUGGAGUUUACAGCGUGCCCCACCCUGCUCGAGCGUCAAGGGGUGGUGACGAUGCUUACUUGGUGGAGGGUAACUGGCUGGGCGUGGCAGAUGGCAUUGGCACGUGGACAGACCAAGGCAUCAACGCAGGCUUAUAUUCCCGUGAGAUGAUGUGGAACUGUGUCAACGUGAUUCGGUCGCGGCAGGAAGGAGCAGAUAGCGACGAGGACGAGGAAACCGACGAUGACUUUGCCGACCAUCUUGAAGGGAGAUCCGAUUCUGAGCUAGAUUCGGAUCACAACGACUCGGCAGGCGUCGGGCGGGGGGCGGCGGCGGGCGGCAGUGUGGACGGCAUGGGCGGCGGAGCGGGCGGCAGGAGGGGGAGGGGCGUGGGGGGUGCGGGAGGAGGGGUGGUGAGCGGAGUGGGGGCGGGAGGGGAUGAUUACGACUAUGGGUACUAUGAUGAUGAGGAGGAUUUAGACCCAAUGGAUCCCAAGGGGGUGAUUGAGGAGAGCCACAGCCGCACUGACCUGAGAGGAUCCUGCACCAUCACUCUCGCCGUGCUGGAUAAAGAUCGCCUGCGAGUGGCGAGCAUAGGCAGCUGUGGGUUCGUGCUGCUGAGGAGGGGCGAGCUGGUGAUCCGCUCGGAGCGCAUGGAGCAUUCUUUUGGAAACCCUUUCCAAAUCGGGCAUGAGGCUGGGGACGGCCCUGACUGUGCUAAGGAUUACACCAUUCCCGUGCAAGCAGGGGACGCGAUUCUGCUAGCCACCAACGGGCUGUUUGACAAUAUCUUUCUCGACACCAUCGUGCGCGUGCUCUGCGCUGCUCUGGGAGAGGGGAAGAAACCCGAGUCUGUUGCGCGCAAGCUCGUGUCAAUGGCACAUAAAGCAGGCGAGAGCACAGCAGAGCCCACACCGUAUGCAAUAGCAGCCAAGGCAGCAGGGGUGCACCACGAGGGGGGGAGGCGGGACGAUGUGACUGUGAUAGUGGCGUACGUACAAUAA